GUGCGGCCCUGCCCGCAGGGCGGGGGUCACCCGCCCCCCUGCCCCCAGCCCGGGGCCGCCGGCUCCGGCCCGGCCCCGCUCCGGCCCCGCGCACGGCAGGAGGCGGCGGGGCCCCGCCAGCCCCCGGGGAGCCGCGGCGGGGGCGGAUGGAGACAGCGGGCACGGCGGCGGGCUGGGUUAUUUUCUUCCAUCUUCCUCUCAUCUCUGGAAGCUCCAUCAGUAUUGGGAUAGGCAGCAAUUAUUCCAAUCUCCCCUUUGCCUCGAACCAGAGCAGCCCGUCCAGCGCCUUCCCCAGCCCCGCGGAGCACGGCGGUGACAGCAGCCUGCUGGUGUCCCCACUGCUGGUGGCAGGGGUGGUCAUCGGGCUGGUGCUGUCGCUGUCCUGUGCCACCAUCGUGGUGGGCAGCCUGCGCAAGGACAGCCGGCUCGGCCAGCCCCACCUGCCCCGGGAGGCUGCGGACGCUCCGGAUGGUUUCUCUCACGGCGGCUCCUCUGCAGAGCUGAGAUCCACCUGCAGCGAGGAGUUCCCCCCUGCCUGUGAUUUUGACUCCUAUCUGGAUAUACUUUCUCAGGUGCACAUCAUGUAUCCUGAUUCACCUCCAUGCUACGACGAAUGUGUGGGGCCAGGAGCGACACAAAUAUAUAUUCCCACAGAUGAUCCCCCCCCAUAUUCCCUUACGGACCCUUGCCAAAGAAAUGAAAUACCUAUAAAUAUCUGUGACAGCCAGGAAGAGGAAGCAGCAGCUGGGACUGCAGGACGGGCUGCACAUUCUGCAGUGAGGCUGCAGGACUUGCAGCAGCCCAGCUCGGCCAUCUCGGUGAUCUCACAGUGCGGAGGCUGCUCCCCCAUACGGGACAGUGGGGUGUGAGCACACCUGCUCCAACAGAAACAUGGAACAUUCUCCCACUGGCCACCAGACCACAACCUUGUCAAUCAAAGUGGCUCCUUCCUUCAAUUCUUCUGAAGAAUUCAGACCAAUGGAAGAAUAAAACCUCUGGAAGUUUUACCAAUUUUCUAUCUUUAAACAGGGAUACAAUGGGAUUUUUUUUACAGUGAAUUUUGCAAGUUUACCUAAAUUUCCCUGUUUGUGCUUCAAAGUGUUCCAUGGCAUCACACAGCAUAAAAGAGCAGCAGACAUGCAGUGCAUCUGACCUUUUUGAAGCAUUGCAAAGCCCAUUGAAAUCAGCCACUCAUAAAGAAGAUAAAUGUUAUCCAGUCAAGCUUACUUGUUGAUUUUAUGACACUUUGCAUGUUUUAGAACAGAAGGUAAAAGAAGAGCAUUUUGUUGUCAUUGUAGGUGUCACUAGUACAUCUCAUUCAGUGUAUUGAAAACAAAGCAUUUUUAAAUAACUCUUUGUCUAACUAUGUGUUUCU